AUGGUAAGUGGGAUUCCCAAUGAUGCAAGUUUGAAUGGGGAUUUAAAUGCUCUGCUGAAGCACAACACUGAAACAGCAACAGCAUCAGAAGAAGAUGGUCAGCAGUCGAUAAAUAACUGCUCCUCGCUGUGUGCACAAGAGGAAAACAGUGGAAAACACACUGGACAGCUGGUCAAGGAGCUGGAGAAAACCCAAAAAGAACUCUCUCGACUUCUGCAAAUUAACAAGGCUCUACAAGAUGAACUUCAGCAAGAAAAAGAGAGACACUUAAAUGAGAUGAGUUUUGGACAGAGUGAUAGUAUAUCCACUGCUGCCUCUUCUUUGAACCAAGAGGCUUUACAUCAUCUACAGAAGACCAACCAGGACCUCCGCGCAGAGCUGGAGGCCCAGAGGCGCUGUCAGGAGGAAGCCAGGGAGGACGAACUCUGCAGACGGGUGGACCUCUUGGCACAGAAGGCACAUCUACUAGUCACUGGCGACGCAACUGCUCUAGCUCAAACCCAGUUGGAGCUGGAUAGUUGGCACUUCAAGGAAAAAAAGCUUGAAUUGGAACAAAUCAUAGCAUCAUUGAAAUCAGAACUACAGUCCAGCGAAGAGAAGAGGGUCGAAGCCGAGACCCGUUUAGCAGAAGUCCAGCAGGAAAUGCAAGGUUUGAGCCAGCUACAACAGGAAGCCAACCAGUUACGUGAAAAUUACCAUGAGGUUACAACUCAACUCCGCGCAUAUGAAGACACCCAAGCCCAAAAAGAGGCGCGACUCGAGCAGCACCUCAUGCUUCUCCAAGCAAGUCAAGAACGAGAACGCAGAAGUCUAGCUGCUAGUCUCGCCCAAGCUGAGAGAAGAUCGCAGGACCUUCAAGAACAGCUGAGACAGGCAGAGGAAGAGGUGGAGAAUCUGAACAAGUCUCAAGAAUGGACAAAAGAGAUACAAGAAGCCCAGAAGCAACUUCAGGAGGAGUUACAACAAACCGUAUCUGCCUUGGAGGAGCUCCAAGAGGAAAAGGACCACCUGGAACAAGAAUGUCAGAAACUGCAGAGCCAGGUACAUGAGCUGACCGGAGAAGUGAGCCGACUGCAGGACCGCCUGAAAAAGGAUGAAACACAGUUCUACAACCUGGAACAUUCUUACGAGAGAGUGUGUGAGGACUUGCAGGUUGCAAUGGGGAAGGUACGCCAAUGGGAGACAGACACCCAAGAGAUGAGGGAAGGUUACGAACGACAGCUUGACCAAAAAGAGCAAGAGCUGAUUGAAAUACUUCUGAAGAUGGAAGUGUUGGGGAACAGCUUGGAAGAAACUGAAAUGAGAUUAAAUGAGGAGCUAAAAAACAAAGAGAAAGAGAAAAAACUGUUUGUAGACAAUGCAGAAAAUCUUAAUGUUGAUGGUUCCAUGAAGUUGCGUUCUAAUGACCAGAGUCCUGUUCCGGAUGGAGAAGAUCCAGAAAGGUUCGCAUCCGCCAUCCAGGUCCUCGAAACCAAGCUAUACGUAACUGAGGAGAAGCUCAAGGACAUUACGCAGAGACUAGAGGAUUACCAGAGCCACGCAAGCUGCCAAGAUCCUCUCCUCUGCUCCCAGCUCACCCAAACUCGUGCAAAUGCUCAACAUCUAGGCCUUUUGCUGCACACUCAAGCAAAGAACAACCAGCGCUUUGCCCAACAAAUGGAGAACCGCUGUCGGAUGUUGGUUGGAAGGUUCCAGGUAGCGCUAAAUAUCGUUCAAGCGUGCAGGGGUAGAUUGCAAGAAGCAGGGUCACUUAUAGAUGUUGAGGACUUCGAAAAACAGCUAGCCACUUUGGUGAACUGUCUCAAGCAAGGCGAGAAAGACGCAGAGAAGCAACAGCAUGAGUCGCGCUAUGCCAGCAGGGAGGAGGAAAGGAUUCUCAAUGACAAGAUGUUAACAGACAAUGUUCAUCUCAUGGAGGACGCUUCUGAAAGUGUUGGAAAAAGCCUGGCAAGGGAGAUAUUUGUUGUGGAAACUAUGGCGACCUUAUUGCAAAGUAAAAAUGUCUUCGGUCAGCUGAAAGUGAUUCAAAAAGAAAAUGAGGGUUCUGUUUCUCAGAGGUACCAAAACUUGCUAAAAGAGAUGAUAGCCCAAAAAGCACAAAGCAGAAAUGAUGACUUGGUGGAAAAAGCAGUGAGCAGUGCAUGUGUGGAAGCGGAGUUGGUUUACAAGGUUUUCAAAUUCCAGCAAAAAAAUUCCAACUUUGAGGAGAUUCAAACUUCUGAGCUGGAACCUAACACUGAAAAUGAAGACAAAGAAGAUAAACCUAUGCAUAAACAAACUAAAGCAAAUGAUGAUACAAAAUUUGACAUAUGGGUAGAGGAACUUGUGUCAACACUACAAAAAACGUCAACUUUCUUACACCAACUCAGCCAGGAUAUCUCAGAGCCAAUAACACAUGAAAGUACAGAUUUGAAGUGGGUGAAUCAACAAGCAAAGAUAAUUUAUUUGACCCACAGGUUAUACUUAGAUCUCAAACGAGAGUCUGAAAACAAAGCCAACUAUUCAGAGCAAGAAGUCACAGAGACAUUGUGUCAUCUCGAGGAGGUCAACUGUGCGCUGAGAGAGGAACUGGAGCAGGCUGAGGAGAGGGUACGAAUGGUAGAAACGGGGAAUCAGAAACUGUUAGAGGACAUACAAAAAAUCGAGAGCUAUCAUGUGGAGCGGAUGGAAAAACUAGAGAAUGAAUUCCAGGACAAGAUUCAAGAGCUGCAGAGGAUCCAUGAAGAGGAGAUGAAGCACUUGCAUGAUUAUUACAGCAAGUCGUGUUUUUCCAAAGAGAAACUGAACAAAAUGAUGGCCAAGUCAACUUCAAGUCCAAGUCAUAAUGGAACAGAGAGCAACAUGGAAGAACUGGACAAAUCUGAGAGGGUCAGUGCACUGCAGGACAUGCACAAGAAGCUCAUUAGUGAUUUGCAGCAGCAGCACCAGAAGGAAGUGGCCAAACUGCACAAGGAGAAAGACCAACUGCUGAAGGAGGAGACUGCUGCUACGAUGGCAGCAAUUGUAGCGAUGAGGAGAGCACAUAAGGAGGAACUGGAGAAAACACGGCGCACUGCGAACAUCAGGGAAAACACUGACAUGUCUGAACUGCACAUUGAAUACGAAAAGGAGCUGCAAACACUGAACAAAGACCUAGAGGUGCUGUCGGUGCAGCACACACAGAAGUGUCUGGAGAACUCACAGCUGAGCCAAGAACUGCAACAGGAACGCAAGACAUUGAUGCAGUACCAAAAGGAAAACCAGGAGCUUAAACAGAAACAGAGAGAAGCCGCUGACGUUUCCUCCCUCCACUCUUUCAAUGGAAAACACCUCAGUCCAGAAGCACCUGACACCUACGAGAUGGAAAUCAUUUUACGCGCAAGGGAAGCGGAGAUGCAGUUUCUCCGACAAGAGGCUCAGUCACUUAAGGAGGAACUAAAACUCGCUCGAUUGGAUACUAUUUAUGCUCAAAACAAGCUGAAGUCUUUGUGUAUGGGAACUCCAGAUGAGAAGUUGUAUGAAGAUUUGAAAUGGGCCACGUGGUCGCCAGGCCAUCAGGGGCAAAGUCAAACGUUCUCAGAGGAAGCUGGGACCAACCAAUGUGAUGCUAUUGUUCAAGAUAAAACUGUCAUCUCCGGUCAGUUCAAAACAGUGAGGUCAAAGAGCUUAAAAGAAGGCCUCUCUGUGCAAGAACGGAUGAAGUUAUUUGACUCCUGAUGCAUUAUGGGACUUUAUUACUCAAAAUGGAGCAGACAAAAAUAUUUCAAAACCAGAUGAAAACUAGACAGAAAACUCCAGAAAACAACUGUCUGUCUGUCUGUUCACACUUAACACCACUAGAUGUCGCCAAAUACACACAAUAGUUAUAUCUCACGUAUUUGCUAUUUGAAUUGAUAUAAGUUCUCUGAAUCAUUUCCAGCUGUAAUAGUUUUCAUGUAAAGAAAUGUAUGUGUGAAUUCAAUGACAUGGGUAUUUUGCAUUUUUAAUAGCCUACUGUAAAUAUGAUUUUUGUUAUGCCUUUGAGAAUAAAUAAUAUGUAAUUAAAAUAAAAUAAAACAAUAAUGCUUA